AUGUUAUUAACCUUUCUACUAACACUGUUUCCAGUUUUUGAAGCUGAUCAUGUAAGAUCAGAAUGGGAUCUCGAUGGUCCUUGUCAGAUUCAUGUUCAGGUAAGCGAAAAAUCUUGUUUUGAUUGGGUUGUGCUUAGAACUUAGCUCGGGCUCAGGCUCGAAUGGUCGAAUGUUCAACCAAUUUCUCGUCGCCACCCAAAGUCUGCACUAAUUGCAUUGAUGAAUAUGUCCGAUUCAAACAAAUGGAAUACGACACUCAUCAUCUGGUAAGUCUGCUCUCUGUUUAUUAUCAGCUUCCUAAGAUCAAUGUGACUUCAUUGGAUAAUAAGACAUGCUCAGAGAUAUUUUACGGAAAUUAUUUGUUAUCUUAUAGUAAUGAGAUCUCGAAUGCAUUGACUGGUCGUAUUUGGGACGCAUCUAGAUGUGAAUGUAAGAACAAAGACUAUUAAUCUUUACUGUUUAGCUUGUUUGAAUAUCGAGUGGGAUUUUGCGCACAAGAAUUCUUCCAUUACUUAUGACUCCAAGACGAUUCUGUUUGAAAAAGUUUUGGUGGCAUGGAGAAGAUGUGUGGAGAAUUUUGCGUCAGAUAACAGUACAAUUUGUGCGGAAUGCGAGAAAGAAUUUACUGAAUUGUUUUCAUAUUACUGGAAGAUAUACAAGGAGCCAGGGAUAGAUUUUUGUGCAGAUGUUGAGAGUACUGUGAGUGACUAUAAUAAUGUAAAAUUGUUGUAGAUGAAUGACACUAUGAACAUUUGGCACACGGUGUGGCAAUGUCCAGAUGAGAAGAAGGAUAUUAAACAUGACAUGACAAUCGUGGCCAUAUCGGCGGCAGUUUUAUUCGUUAUAAUUUCACUUUUUUACGUUGGAAGUUAUGUUCAAAUCGAAAGAGCUGAACGAAAUUACAUUAGAUGUAAGAUCUCAUCUUUUUUUCUCAUUCAUUUUUAGACUCGAGAAUACAAACGCCUCGUGGGCAAAGGUCAAGGCUUCUGAGUUCUUCCACGGCUGAAGGCUCUCACACUCCAUCUUCGUCUUUACACGGGUAA